AUGUGGAAGACCUGUCAUCUGCUGAAAAUAAACAUGCCACAAAGAAAAAUGAAAACAACGAUUCCAACCUUACUAUUAUUGAAGACAGUGAGAGAGGAAUUGAGUCCAAAGUGGGGACUCUUAGAUUUUACAGUGAAAAUGAUCAAGACAUUCCUUUUUUCCCCCAAGAUUUUGAAGUUGCAAAAUACAGUGUCCUUGAAAAAGUUAACUCCAAGGAAAGCAAAGAUUUGGUAGUUAUUGAAUUCCAGUGUUCCCAAAAGCAUUACAAGUUUCCGUUUCGACUAUAUGCACACUUCAGUGCAUCAAAUGGAACAAAGCUGUUAGAGCAGUGUCUGGUAAAUAAUACUGCUGAAGAAAUAAGAGAAAAGUAUGAGACUUUUAUUGCAGACUUGAAGUGCCAGGAUUUCUUGCUCAGAGAAACUUUUCCACCAGAAGCAGAAUCUUUGGCUUCUACAAAAUUGCAAAAGUUACUUCUAGAAGAAGCCAUCCAUUCAAGUGUCAUGUGUCAGGAAGUUAGUGAUUUUGUGGAAUUGAUCUGGGCAGAAGCUAUUGGCCACCUGUAUAGUUUACUACUUGAAUCAGUAAACAACAUAAGCCUAAAUGAUGUGAGCAAAGCAGAAGGUAUUUUACUCCAAGUAAAGAAUGCACUGGAUGAGGGAGCUGCUGAGGUGGCACUACAAGAGAUGAUGAUGGAAUUCUAUCAAGUUAUACGUCACAAAUCUGAAAUAGACUAUAACGUUUCCAAAAAGCUGCUAUCUAGAAAACAGGACCUGUGUCAGCUAAUCAGAGACAUGCUUAAUAUACAUCAAACAAAUAUGUCAUGCCCAAACCCAUCAGCUUUGGCCAAGUACCAGGCUCUGAGGUGCAAGAUAGAAGCUGUUGACUCAACGAGUUAUGAAUUUCUCAAUAUUGAACAACAAGUGUUAAAAAACAAUUACAAUGCCUGUCCAGUGCAAAUUUUACAAGUGUAUAGGGUUGGCAGAUUAACUGAAACAGCAGAAUUUCUGAGCAGUCUUGGAAACAUUCGAUCCUUAUUCCAUGCAUCGUCUGUGCGCAACUUCAUGGGAAUUCUUUCCAGAGGACUCCUAAUGCCAAAAGUGGUUGUUGAAGAUCGUGGCCUGGAAAGAACUGACAUUGGUAAUCUGGGCAGUGGCAUUUACUUCAGUGAUUCUGUUAGUGCCACUAUUAAAUAUUCUUCACCCAGUGAAAUGGAUGGAACGCGGCUCCUGGUAGUUUUUUACGUGGCACCUGGAUCCUGCUUAGAUUUGUAUGAACAAGAUUAUUCAUUAAAUAAUGCACCAUCAGGUUAGAGUGUGCAUGGAGUCCAUAAAACAGCAGACAUCUCUUCAGACUUUGAGGAUGACGAAUUUGUUGUGUAUAAAACCUGUCAGAUUAAAAUUAGAUAUGUUGUUAAGUUUUGCCUUGCUGAAGAUCAAAUAAAGCCAUUUCAGCCUGGAAUUUGGGUGGAACUGGAGCAAGAUAACAAUGAGCCAGAGUCGCAAUGUCACUUACAGCGUGAGAGCUGUGCAUCACCAAAUGCAAAUCUUUCAAAUCCUGUAAAAACCGGUCUUCAGGACAGAUUGGGAAAUCCUGUCCCUCUGGAAGGUGUUUAUAACAAGGCCAGGAUAAUAGACUUUGUAGCACAGAUAGAGUAUGUAGUAAUGUUUCAGACCUACACCAAUCAAAACAGUAAACCAAUUGAAGCUAAAUAUGUCUUUCCUUUGGAUGAUAAAGCUGCUGUUUGUGGAUUUGAAGCUUUUAUCAAUGGAAAACAUGUCAUUGGAGAGGUUAAAGAAAAGAAACAAGCACAUAGGGAAUAUCAGAAAGCUGUCAGUCAGGGUGAUGGAGCUUAUCUAAUGGACCAGGAUGCACCGGAUAUUUUUGUAAUAAGUGUUGGAAACUUAUCUCCAAAUUCUAAAGUUGGGAUCAAAAUCACCUAUAUCACUGAACUGAGUUUUCAGCAUGGUUGUAUCACCUUUCAUAUGCCUGCUUCUGUGUCACCAUGGCAACAGGACAAAGCAUUAAAUGAAAACAUGCAG